AAGAUGGCGGCCGUCGCGGCUGCGGCCUGUUUCUUACACCGCAGCGGCCCGUCUUAGCGGCGCCUGCGCCUGGCUAUGCUCGCCCGGCGGCAGCUUUGGGGUCUGCUGCUGCUGCUGCUUCUGACGGCCCGGGCCCAGGACGGGGAUCCCGAUUUUUGGCCUUCCCGUAUCCACAUGUCUGGGACUGUCGUCUCUGCUUCUUUGGUCAGCAGUCCUGCAGAUGUCUUCUCUAUCGCUGUAGCGGAUAAUGAGACGGGAAUGUUGCCCCGGCAAGACUGUAGUGGAAGAAACAGAACUGGUGACUGGAGUUUGAAUGUCACGUAUCAAGGGAAUGUUUCCAGAGUGACGGUGCGCUUGACCAGGAACCUGCAGCUGUGCACCGCGAACCUCACUGAUUGCUGCGUGGAGGCACUGUGCUUGGUUGAAGCUUUGCAAGUCUCAGCUUGUCAAGACUCGAAGGUGGUGGCCAAACUGUUGAUCCAAGCUGAAAUAUAUGCCAAUACGUCCUUGGGAAAUGCGACCGGAAAAGCAGACGAUAAUGCAACAGUGAUCCCCAAUCAAGUGUUUCAACCUUUGGGCAAUUGCCCCUGCAAUCUCACCGCAGGGGCCUGUGAUAUCCGUUGCUGCUGUGAUCUGGAAUGCACGCCAGAGAUGAAGCAACUGUUCAGUGGGUCAUGUUUUAAAGGAGUGUUUGGUGGAGAUGUCAACCCACCUUUUGACCAGCUGUGCUCUGUCCACCCAGGGAACAAUGCCCCAGACUGGUUUCCUUUCUUAUGCGUGCAGUCUUCCCUUAACAAUACGCCUUUCCUUGGUUAUUUCUAUCAAGGGUCUGUAUCUUCAACCCAAGUCUCUUCAUUUAAGAUUCCUUUUCAAACCAUUCCGGGAAAACUUUUUAGCGGUUACAGACAAGGCGAUCCAAUUCUGACCAUGCAAAAUGAGUAUUUUACAGUGCCUCAGCAAUUCCUAGCUGGGCAAUGUGCGAGAAAUGCUCCUGUCGCUUUCCUUCAGAAUUUUGAAUCUAAUUGUCUCACUACUUGCAAGGAAAACGGGAGCAUGUUGCUAAAUGUAGCACUAAACGGCGGUACUGGAGAUGACAUCAAACCACAGGUUACCCAUGAGACGAAAACAACAGAUAUAGGUAGCUGCACUGAUACAGCUUGUAGAGAUGUGAUUUUUGCAGAAGAUUAUAUGAUCAUAUGGGAAGGCAAGAGAAUAAUUGAAAUGAAAGUCAAAGUCCUUUCUGGAGCGAUAUGUCCAGAAGAGAUACUGACACAGAAAUUCACAGUCAGCUUUGUGAGUGUAAAUGCUACUACUACAGAAGAACUGUCUGGGAAUCCAGGUUAUCAAGUUGGCAAGCCGAUUAGAGCAGCAAAUCUGAAUUCUUCUGAUGCAGUUACCACUUUAAAUUUUUGGAAACCCGAUGCCAAGGGUUCAUGUACGUUGGCAGGUCUUACACCACUUCUGUUUGGACUAAAUUCGAUCUCUGGGUGCAUCGAGGAUGUUGAUCUUAAGGACAACUGCAGUCAGUUGAGAGAGAAUGUUGCUAAAAGACUAAAUUCCUUGGUGCAAGUUAGCUAUGUUGGAAAGAGAGGCAACUCUAAUGCCAGCAACCCAGAUGACUGGGUGGAAAUCAUCCGUUUAGAUACAUUUGGUCCCAAUACAAAUAUGAGUGUCGACAGUUUAAAAGGCACCUGCCCUGAUAUUCCUGCACACUUGAAUAUUCAGAUUAUCACUGCUGAUGUGGGUGCCGUAGAAGGGAUUGCACAGCAGGAGAUACUCGGUGUACAGCUUAGUUUUUCGAUGGUAACUUGGCAAGUUCAAUGUCCAGUGAUUUGUGAAGAUAAAACUAGCUCUCUUCCUAUCUCUGCUGCAGUACAAUUUAUUAAAAUACCAGCUCAACCCCCUGUUCCAAUGACAAGAUUUCAGAUCAACUACACAGAAUAUGACUGCAAGAGGAAUGAUGUUUGCUGGCCAGAGCUUUUUUAUCCCUUGACACAUUACUACACUGGAGAACCGUACUCCCACUCUCUUGCCAAAGGCUUGGUGCUAGUGUUUUUCAUAUUAAUUGCAAUAGUGCUGAGUGAUCCUUGGCAGGGAAUCCACAAAGUAUGAGUCUUCAGUUUCUCCGGAGCAAAGACACCAUUUUGAUAAUACUUUUGUAUGCUUUUUAAUAAGCGGUACUUUAAAACAGUUUUAUGGAAAGAGAAAAUACUUGGGUUUUUUAAAUGUAUAUUUUUCUAAAAUAAAAAUAUAAUGUAUUUACAAAA